AUGUCUGAAAGAAUUUUCAUCGGAAAUGUUGAGGACAAAAUCUUAAAACGCAAAAUGAUUGAAGAAUCGAACUCAAAAUCGAGGAAGGAAUCAAAAAAUAUAACACUAUUCUCUGAAGUUGAUUUUGAGAAGGGCAAAAGGGCAGAAGAGAGGGAGACAAAAGUGCAUAAAGAACUCAAGAUAAUAACACCAUCCGCUGAAUCUAAAGAUCUAUUGACUCUAAGAUUUGGUAAUAAUAGCAGGCCAACCACCAUUCUAUUAGAGAACAGUGAACAUUCAGGUUCGUCUCAAAAUGUUAUUGCUGAAGUUUUACCUGAGCAAGAAGUGAAGAAAUUUCCUUGUCUUUUUUGUAACAAGAAGUUUUCAACUUCUCAAGCGUUUGGAGGACACCAAAACGCUCAUAAGCAUGAACGUCUCUCCAAAAAAAUUGAACAAAAAAGAAGGGAGGAAGAAAUGGAUUCAAUCUUAAGGUAUAGACCUAGUUUUCCAUACCAUUAUCCUUAUUCACGUGCUAUUCACUAUCAAGGAUAUCCUUAUUUUUGUGGUAAUUUGCAGCAACCAAUUGACACUCAUAUGAAUAAUAUUAUGCCUUCUUGGUUUGGUUCUCCAUCUGAUGGUUAUGGAGGGAUGUAUAUGCCAAAUACACCUUCCGCACCAACUUCAUUUUUGAUGUCAAUGCCAAAGUCACCCCUCACAUCACAACAAUUUGGUAUGACUAAUUUUUUGAGCGAAAAUCAAACUCUUCCACUGCCAAUUCCUCAAAGGUCAAAUACUAUGGAAUUGGGACUUUUUGUUCAAGCUAAUCAAACUCCUUCAUUUAGUGAGGAUGUGGAAGGAAAUUCCAAUGCUCGAUUUCCUUCGUGUGAUCUUCCAAUAAAAACUCAUGAUUUUAUUGGAGAAAACCAACUUCUAGUAGAACCCAAUGUGUCUUCAUCAUCAACAAAAUCAAUAUUGGAGGAACUCGACUUGAAUCUCAAACUUUAA